AUGGCGGAGAAAUCUCCGUACAUCGCUCCGCAACCACGACAUCCGAAUGCCUCCUUCGACGGUCUUGCGCUCAACGAUACCGAAUCCUCCUCCAUACCAACAGAAUCGCACGAUAUCACCAGUCACAGAAGCGUACUAGGCAGAGCAUUAGCAAGCGAAAACACCAGCUCCAAUGCCACCCCCGCUCUUCCCGAAUCCAUCAUCUCGCCGGCCAUCACACCACCCUCCACACCGGGAGGCACCAUAAUUCGCACUCAACAAGCCAUUCAUGACGCUCGAACUCACAAAUAUGUGCACAAGGCGCCCAAGUUGAUGGAACGCUUGCCGAACGUAGAAUGUAUCGUUCGCGCACGAAUCCCCACUACCACGGGUGCCGAGAUGUUUCUCCACUUAUAUCAGAACGAUGUCGAUAAUAAAGAGCAUUUGGCGAUUGUGUUUGGAAAUAAUAUUCGAUCGCGGAGUUUGGAUCGUGUGCAGGAGGGGGAGACAGAGCUGGAUAGGAUGAUUCGAGGUGCUUAUGUUGGAAGACUACAUCCUGGUCGAGUGAGCAGUCGAUUUGAUGACGAGGGUGGGUUGGAAGGAGAGGAAACGGAUAAAUCAAGAAAGACUCCCCAGGCUCCUCUCGUCAGAAUUCAUUCCGAGUGUUAUACGGGUGAAACAGCUUGGUCUGCCCGAUGCGAUUGUGGAGAGCAAUUGGAUGAAGCGGCGCGGUUAAUGUCGAUGGCAUCAGAAUCGGCUUCCGAACUUAGGACCAGUGAAGAUGGCCCAAUUAUCGAAAACACUGCUUCGCCGUCUUCUAUCACAGCGCCGGCCUCAGAAAACGACGGCCCGGGAGGUGUCAUUAUCUACCUCCGACAGGAAGGUCGUGGAAUCGGCCUGGGCGAGAAGCUCAAGGCAUACAAUUUACAGGAUCUGGGCUCUGAUACAGUCGAAGCCAACUUACUUUUACGCCAUCCUGCAGAUGCGCGCAGUUAUGGCCUUGCUACUGCCAUGCUGGUAGAUUUGGGACUCGGUGCUGAUGCAUAUCCGGAAGGUAUCCGGCUGCUCACUAAUAAUCCAGAUAAAGUUUUGGCCGUGGAAGGACCCAAUAGAGAAGUUCGUGUCAAGGAACGAGUGGCUAUGAUACCGAUUGCCUGGAGGACGGGCGGGCAGAAAGGUAUAAGGAGUAGGGAAAUAGAGGGAUAUUUGCAAACUAAGAUUGGCAAAAUGGGCCAUAUGAUUCAAUAG